CCUGUACCCACAGCAGCGACAAUUGCCAACACGGGGAUAUUGAGAACUGGGAAAAGCAGUCCCUGCUCAGUUUUCCACAGGAUUAGCAAAAUUCUCAAGAGGCACAUUAAUCUGCCAGCGUUGUCAGGAGUGAUCAGCGAGUUUUAUUAAAAGCCCUGGGAUUGCCUCAAAGGCCUCCUUGUCUGAGUCUGAAAUGAAAGCGGCGUGGUAAGACCUCAGGAAACGUUGUGAGGAUCCCUGGCCCUGCCCUUUGGGCUAUGAGCUGACACUCCAGGAGCAGGUGGGAGGCCCUCCUUGGUAGACAGGAUUUCACCAGUGGAUGGAAGCAAGUUGUGUCUUGUCAGCAUGAAGCCUCUGUGCCAGGAUGGGCUGCCCAUCCUGCUGCUCUCGCUGCUUCUGGGCUGGGCCAGCCCCACCUUCGUCAGUGUCAAUCAUGGCCUGAGAGUGAUGAAGGGCAGCUCCACCUUCCUGUCAGCAGAUGACCUGAAGUUUGCUGUCCCCAAGGAGAAGGACGCCUGCAAAGUGGAAGUGGUGAUGAAUGAGCCAAUAACGCAGCGGGUGGGGAAACUCACUCCACAGAUCUUUGACUGUCACUUCCUUCCCAACGAAGUGAAGUAUACUCACAAUGGCUGCCCACUGCUUGAUGAGGACACGGUGAAGCUUAGACUGUACAGAUUUACUGAAACAGACACGUUCACGGAAACCUUUGUCCUGCGAGUCUAUCUCUUGGAACCAGAUUGUAACAUCAUCCGUAGGAGUGACAAUGUGCUGCAAGUGUCUGAGUUCUACAGCUUGUCCCAAGCGAUUGAUAAGAACCUGCUCAGGUUUGAAUAUGACAGGAUGGCUAACCUGGAAUGCACCAUCAGUCUGGACCCUGUGAGGACCCAGCUGCCAGCCUGGGGCCAGAUGGUUCUGGUGGAAUCUCGGCCAAAAGAACCCCGGGGAGAUCAGCCACACAGUUUUUUCCCUGAGUCCAGUUUGGAGACAGAACUGAAGUGUCCUGGUGGCCGCUGUGCCCUGGAGUUGAAGAAGAUAGGAAGUCUCAGAGUGAGCUGUGAGGAGUUCCUGCUCAUGGGGCUCCGUUAUCAGCAUCUGGCUCCCCCUUCACCCAACGUUGACUACAUCUCCAUCCAGCUGGACCUCACAGACAGCAGGAGUAACAUCGUGUAUAAGUCAGAGAGUGCGUGGUUACCUGUCUACAUCAGAGCUGGCUUCCCAAAUCAGAUUCCAAGGGCUGCAUUCAUGGCCACAUUUAUUCUGGAAGUGGAUCAAUUCAUCCUGACCUCUUUGACUACGUCAGUCCUGGACUGUGAAGAGGAUGAGACCCCUAAACCCCUGCUCGUGUUCAACAUUACUAAAGCCCCACUCCAGGGCUAUGUGACUCACCUAUUGGACCACACCAGACCUAUCUCCUCAUUCACCUGGCAAGACCUCAGUGACAUGCAGAUUGCCUACCAGCCACCCAACAGCAGCCACCCUGAGAGGAGACAGUAUGAGGUGGAACUGGAGGUCUACGACUUCUUCUUUGAGAGGAGCACACCUAUCACAGUCCACAUCUCCAUCAGAACCACGGACACAAAUGGCCCCCGAGUAUCCUGGAACACAGGACUGAAUCUGCUGGAGGGUCAGUCACGAGCCAUCACUUGGGAACAAUUUCAGAUUGUUGACAAUGAUGACAUUAACGCUGUCUGCUUAGUUACUGUCGAUGGUCUACAACAUGGACGGCUUACAUUAAGAGGGGGAAAAGCAUUUCUCUUUACUGUGGCUGACCUGCAGGCUGGAGUUGUUCGCUAUCAUCAUGAUGACAGUGACUCCACCAAAGACUUCGUGGUCUUCAGGAUAUUCGAUGGCUCUCACAGCAUCCGUCACAAGUUUCCCAUCAACAUCUUGCCCAAAGAUGAUAGUCCACCAUUCCUCAUAACCAAUGUGGUGAUUGAACUGGAAGAGGGGCAGGCCAUCCUAUUACAGGGUUCCCUACUGAGAGCUUCAGAUAUGGACUCCAGUGAUGACUACAUCUUCUUUAACAUCACAACACCCCCCCAGGCUGGUGAGAUCAUGAAGAAGCCAGGACCAGGACUGAUAGGAUAUCCUGUCCCUGGCUUCCUUCAGAGAGAUCUCUUCAAUGGAAUUAUUUACUAUCGUCAUUUUGGUGAAGAAAUCUUUGAAGAUUAUUUUGAGUUUGUCCUGUGGGACAGUCAUGAACCUCCAAAUCUCUCCAUGCCACAGGUGGUGACAAUCCACAUCACUCCAGUGGAUGACCAGCUUCCAGAAGAGGCUCCUGGUGUGUCCCGGCAUUUGGUUGUCAAGGAGACAGAGGUUGCCUAUAUAACUAAGAAGCAUCUACACUUCAUAGAUCCAGAAUCACAUGAUGGGGAGCUAUUCUACACAGUUACCAUGCCUCCAUUUUACUCCUUAAGCCACAGAUAUUUAGAUGCUGGGAAAUUAUUCAUGGUGGACAGCAUACCAAAACUAAUCAAAAAUCCUAGUGCCCUUGGACUGAAGUCAUUCACUCAGCAUGCUGUGAACCAUCUGAAAGUGGCCUACAUGCCUCCUCUGCAGGAUAUAGGCCCUCAUGUAAGACACGUCCAGUUCACAUUUUCCAUCAGUAACCAACAUGGCAGCACUGUGCAUGGGAUCUGCUUUAACAUUACUAUUCUCCCAGUGGACAAUCAAGUUCCUGAGGUAUUCACCAACCUGCUGAGAGUGAUUGAAGGAGGUCAGCGCAUCAUCAGCACAGAGCACAUCCUCGUCUCGGACAUGGACACCGUGCUGGACAAUGUCCACUUCUCCCUGCAGAGACUUCCUCCACAUGGAGGAGUGCAGCUCGACGGCUUUCCUCUCACUCCAGGGGACACUUUUUCGUGGGGAGACCUCUGUACCUUGAAAGUUAGGUAUCAACAUGAUGGAUCUGAGGUGCUGCAGGAUGACAUACUCUUGGAGGUCACAGAUGGCACAAACUCAGUAGAAUUUGUUCUAUACGUUGAGGUAUUCCCUAUAAAUGAUGAGCCACCAGUCCUGAAGGCCGACCUUAUCCCCAUGAUGCACUGCUCCGAGGGUGGAGAGGUGGUCAUUACCUCAGAACAUGUUUUUGCGACUGACGCAGACAGUGAUGAUUUGAAACUAAUGUUUGUGGUUGCUCGAGCGCCUGAGCAAGGGGUGGUGAGCAAAGCUGGAGUCCCUGUGUCUCAGUUCUCUCAAGGCGACAUUAUUUCAGGGACUGUGACAUACAAACACACAGGUGGAGAGAUUGGCCUCCUGCCUUCUUUUGAUACCAUCACAUUGGUGGUUUCCGAUGGAGAUGCUGGCCCUUUUGUGAACGGCUGUUGCUACAACGGACCUAAUCCAUUUGUUCCUCUUCACGAGUCCUUUCUAGUGUAUGAUCUCAAUAUCACAGUGCAUCCAGUGGACAACCAGCCACCCUUGCUUGCAGUCGGUGCCACAUUCUUUGUAGAUGAGGGCUUGUCAGCAGGCCUUACCAUUAACCAUUUGUCUGCCACUGACCCGGAUACUGCAGAAGAUGAUUUAGAAUUUAUUUUGGUUUCUUCACCCCAAUUUGGCUAUCUUGAAAACACGGUCCCUUCUGUGGGUUUUGAAAAAAGCAAUGUGGGCAUAAGCAUAGCUUCGUUUCAGUGGAAACACUUGAAGGCUUUCCACAUUAACUAUGUGCAGUCCAGACAUUUGAGGAUAGAACCCACUGCCGACCAGUUUGUGGUGUAUGUGACAGAUGGAAAGCAACGCUCCUUGGAGAUACCAUUUUCCAUUACAAUCAAUCCCACAAAUGAUGAAGCUCCUGACUUUGUAGUCGAGAAUAUCACUGUGUGUGAAGGUCAGGGAAAAGAGCUGGACUCUUCCAUCAUCCAUGCUGCUGACCUAGAUAUUCCUAAGGAUCCCUUACUGCUCAGUGUCGUACACAAGCCACGUCACGGCCUCCUCAUCAGUGGGAACUUCAGCAAAGAUUUUCCUCUGAAUAAGCAGCCAGCCAGCCCUCACCAGAAGCAUGAACUUGUUCACAACUUUUCACUGGAGCUUCUAAGGACUGGAAUGAGCUUGGUGUAUGUGCACGAUGACUCAGAGAGCCUUGUUGAUGACUUCACCAUCCAAUUGUCAGAUGGGAAACAUAAGAUACUCCAAACGAUUUCAAUAGAGGUCAUCCCAGUGAAUGAUGAGAAACCAACACUGAGCAAGAGAGCUGAAAUUGCAGUGAAUAUGGGUGAAACCCGUAUUAUUUCUAGUGCUAUUCUUUCAGCCAUAGAUGAAGACUCACCCAGGGAGAACAUUUACUAUUUAUUUGAAAAACUCCCCCAGAAUGGGCAACUUCAGCUUAAGAUAGGGAGGGACUGGGUGCCUCUCUACCGUGGCAUGAAAUGCUCUCAGGAGGAAGUGGAUCUGAACCUGCUGAGAUACGCACACACUGGAGCAAUGGAUUCCCAGAAUCAGGACAGCUUCACCUUCUACCUCUGGGAUGGUGACAAUAAGUCCCCUGCAUUUGACUGUCAUAUCAGCAUCAAGGACAUGGAAAAAGGUGAAAUUGUCAUUCUUGCAAAACCACUUGUGUUGGCCAAAGGUGAUCGAGGUUUUUUGACGCCCACCACUCUCUUGGCUGUAGACGGGACACACAAGCCUGAGGAAUUGCUCUAUGUCAUCACCUCCCCGCCACAAUAUGGCCAGGUAGAAUAUGUCCGUUAUCCCGGCAUCCCCAUCACAAGCUUUAGCCAAAUGGACAUAGCUGGAAGGACAGUCUGCUACAUCCAUAGGAGCACGGCCUCUGUCCUCAACGACACAUUCAGAUUCCUCGUCAGCAAUGGGCUGCACACCAAGCACGGGGUGUUUGAGAUCACACUGGAGCCAGUGGACAGAGCCUUGCCUGUGGUGACCAGGAACAAGGGCUUGAGGCUGGUCCAAGGCACGCUGGGCCUGCUUUCCCCUGACUGCCUGCAGCUGAGUGACCCAGACACGCCGGUGGAGAACCUCACCUUCCUCCUGGCCCAGCUCCCGCAACACGGCCAACUCUACCUGUGGGGUACAGCACUGCUGCAGCGCCAUUUCACUCAGCAGGAUGUGGAUGGCGGGGGCGUGACCUAUGAGCACUCUGGAGGGAAUUCCCUGUUGGAUGGCUUUACCUUUGUGGCCACAGAUGGGAAAAACCGUGGCUUUGUUGUGGAUGGGAGAAUGUGCAAAGAACCUGUUCCAUUCAUCAUUCAGGUGGAUCUGGUAGACAGAGCAGCCCCCCGGCUCACACGCUUGCACUCCCCUUCACAAGUGGGGCUCCUGAAGAACGGCUGCUAUGGCAUUUACAUCACUUCCCGCGUCCUGAAGGCAUCAGAUCCCGACACCGAGGAUGAUCAGAUCAUCUUUAAGAUCUUACGAGGCCCACAGCAUGGACACCUGGAGGACACGACAACAGGUGAACUUAUCCAUGAAAGAUUUAGUCAAAGGGACUUAAAUAGUAAGACCAUUCUUUACAUCAUAAGCCCUUCUUUGAUGGAAGUAAAUUCAGACCUUGUGGAAUUUCAAAUCAUGGACCCCAGUGGGAAUUCUGCCACUCCUCAAAUAUUGGAGUUGAAGUGGUCUCAUAUUGAAUGGUCACAGACUGAAUACGAGGUCUGUGAGAAUGUGGGUGUGUUGCCCUUGGAAAUUACCAGAAGAGGAUAUUCCAUCGACUCAGCCUUUGUGAGUGUAAAGGUCAACCAGGUGUCAGCAGCAGUUGGGAAAGAUUUCACCGUGACUCCAUCUAAACUGAUCCAGUUUGACCCAGGAAUGUCAACUAAGAUGUGGAAUAUAGCAAUUACCUAUGACGGAUUAGAGGAAGAUGAUGAGAUCUUUGAAGUCAUUCUGAACUCCCCCGUGAAUGCAGUUCUUGGCACAAAGACAAAAGCUGCAGUGAAAAUUUUGGACUCAAAAGGAGGACAGUGUUAUUCCUCACAUUCUUUCAACCAAAGCAAGCACAAGGCAUGGGAGAAACGCUUCUGGUCCCUGCGGCCCCCAGGAUCGUCAUCUCCCACCACUGCUAGGCCCUUUCAUCUGCAAAGAGGACGCCUUCUAUCUCCCAAGCAGCAAGCCAACACCAAGGGAGGCAGCCUGCGAGGCUUUGAUACCAUACAUCUUCCUCCAAGGAGGCUGAGGGCCCAGAAGAAUGGAAAAACAGUUCGUCCAUCUUCUGUUUAUAGAAAUGGAACAGACAUCAUCUAUCAAUAUCAUGGGAUGGUUUCCUUGAAACUGGAGGAUGACAGUUCCCCAGCUCACCAAAGGAAGACCAAAGAAUCCAACAUUAAUCAGCCACAAAGGACAAUCAAAGUGGCAGAACUGCCUCAGGCAGAUAAGGUCGAAUCCACAACGGAUUCACACUUCCCCAGACAGGAGCUGUUGCCUUCAUUUCUAAAGAACUGCACUCUGGAUUUAAAGGGACUCUUCCAUUUUGAAGAAAGCAUCCAAAAACUCUAUCAGUGCAAUGGGAUUGCCUGGAAAGCCUGGAACCUCCAGACCAAGGUGAUGGAAGACAAAUCCUGCCCCCCUGGAUGGCAUCAUCACUCAGGCUACUGUCACACACUGGUCACAGAGCAGAAAGAGACCUGGAAUGCAGCGACCCAGGCUUGCAGGAAACAGCACUUGGGCAGCCUUGUAACUGUAUUCUCUAGCCAGCACAUGCGAUGGCUCUGGGACUUCAGUGGAAGAAAGCCCUUCUGGAUAGGUUUGAAUAACCAACUGCAUCCUGGCCACUGGGAAUGGGCUGGUGGUGAACCUGUCAUCUUUACCUCCUGGAGGAGAGGCCCCCCUCGGCGUGUUAAGCCUGGAAGGAACUGUGUUUUGGUCCAAAGACCAGGGAAAUGGCAACUAAAGGACUGUAGGAAGGGCAAAGUCCACAGUUAUGUGUGCUCCAGGAAACUGUAACUAGAACUGACUCUACAGGUGCUCAUCUAGGAUUUCUUGCCUAUUUAUUUAUAGGAUUUGUGAAUAUUGCUCAUAAAAAGGAGAUUGUUGUAAAUGGCUGAGAAUAUCCUUGCAAUUUCAUGCAGUAACAAUGGAACACAAGUUAUUCCAUGAAGGUUGAUAAAUGAGAUAUAAUUUUUGCAUUUUGAUAUAUUUCAAAAGAAAUGUCUGCAGUGUUAUGAAGUAUAAGAAUUACUUAUCCUAGAAGAUUCUCAUUGUCAUCCCUCUCUAAAUCUCAGGUGUCACUAAUCACUAAUUCUGUGGUUCUUGAGUAUGACCUUACUGGUUCAUUAAACCAACAUUGACCAGCUAAGGUUGGUUUGUCUCUUUGUUGUCCUUUAAAUGUGAAACCUGAGAUUAGAUCUUAUGUGGAUGCAAAGACAAAUUCUUUAUGGUAGAAAGGAAAUCUUGAUGGGCCAGAUUUGCAGGUGGAGAUGCAUGUUCCAAGCUCUAGUGCAGCUGAAAAUUCAGGGGGCUCCCUGUGCUUCAGUGAUGUAGGCAUCACUGCUCAUGGAAGAGAUCUUCUUUUCCAAUAUGGGUGUGACUUUCAACCAUUCCAAAACUGAAGAUUGGGUUUCUCCAAACAUAGAGUCAUGAGAAACUUGCAGUACCUGGAUCUCUUUGUCUGUGUUUAUUGUCCCCAUUCCUCAAGGUUGUUUGGAAUAAAGAAUAGCUAAUGACAACCAACACAUGGAAGAAAAAUAGUGCUUCCUCAGAAGUAUCCCCAUGAACAUUGCUGAUGAAUAAAGAAAAAUUCAAAUACUGAAAACAGAGCCCUUAAAACCUAUGUUGUCAAAAAGGAGUUUGCUGCCAUUUUAAGCCUUGAAAUCUUUAAUAUUUGCAAAAAUACCAUAUUAAGUAGAUUCUCUGUUGGAAGGCUGACUUAUCAAUUUAUAAUCUCAGCUGAGUGAAACAUUUGUCUUUAGCAGUGAUGUACAUUGUAGCUUUCUCAGAACUCCCUGCUGAAAUCAAGGUAGCAUUACAGGAGCUUAUAGCUUUAUUUUUUGAAGUGUUUUUCAGCAUGUUCCUCUUUUCAUAAUCACUGAAACUAUGACUGUGCCUGGUCUGGCAUGCUGUAUGAGUACCAGUGUAACUUCAGAAUUAGAAUGAGGUGUUUCUUUUUUUAAUGAUUUAUCCUUCUUGAAAAGGCAGAUUACUAAGAGGAGGAG